AUGUUCAUCAAAGACCUCCAGGACCCUUUCCUCGUUUCCCUUCACAUCAUAACUGAUCCAGGUGAGGCCAGGAAGCUCCAACACGCUGCUGACCAACUCCUUACGCUUCUCCACCCACAACUGACCCUUUGUAAAGUGACAGAGCGAGCAGAAAGGACCAAACUGCAGUGCCUUAAGAACAUGAAUUCAUCUCUCCAUCCGUAUCUGUGCAUCAUCCUCUUUCUGCAGGAAGACUUCAGAGAACAUGAGUACCAAGAACUCCAGCUCAGACGUCCUCUAUGGCUUUAUCACCACACUGAACGAAUAAAAGGCUCAUCAUUCUCUGCCAUCCAGGAUUUCUUCACUCUAGCCCCUGGCACACCACUGUGGGCUUUGCGCCAUAUCAGUUACGGAAAGGGAACAGUCCGAUUCACCGUAUACUGUCGACAUGAGACCUACAGCGAGCAGGUGCGUCUCUACAAGUUGCUUCUGCGUCGCCCGCUGGCUCAUAUGAACAAAGUCUUUUGCUUCUGUGUGGUUUACUCUAACCAACAUACAGAGAUUCAGCUGGCACUCAGGAGGUUACCACAAGGGAGGAAUCCCGGCCCUGCUGAUUGCACCAUCAUGGAGAUACGUGUGAGAAAUUUAGAAGGGCUCGUACCGUAUUUGCCACAUGCUUGUAAACCAAUUAGUGAGCACCGCUGGCAAACAGAGGAUUACGAUGGGAACAAGAUAUUGUUGCAGGUGCAGGGUUCUGGAACACACUUCAAGCCCCCAAUUCCAGCCCUGUCCAGUGUUCCUUUUGACAGUGGCAUCACCUUCAUCCGUCCAUUUUCAGAGACCUCUAACUCAGACUGCCAAAGCUCCUCCAGCUCUCGUGUUCAGGUCCCACUCACACAGCCUUCUCAAACCUCUGAGACCAUGCUACAUAAGCAGAAAGCAACAGAAGGGGUGCAACAUGGCGAGGAGAUCGCAUGUGCACGAACACUGGGUCCCCGCACACACUCUCAAUUCUCUGUCACAACAAAAGCUUUUCAUUCAACAAACAAUUUUCCUUCAUCCUACUACUCAAUACCAAGAUUCAGGAUUAACGUGGACGUGCUAGUGGGGGCAGAAGAAACAGACGUGGAUACGGGUCGAGCAGUGAGCAGCAGCUGUGUAGAUCUUUCCGUCGUCUCGGCAUACUCACAAACACGAUUACUAAAGCCUCUGUGUGCAUCCCUGCAGGACUUGGGGUCAAACGUUACUGAACCACUUAGUAUCUCCUUGCCUCUAAAGCAGACUAGCUCUAGCACAUCAAACAUAGCACUACCGCUCUGCGAGGGAAUGUCUCCGCUGUCCGAUCAGUCCCAUCCAAAGUCUAAUGAGGGACAGAAUCUGAGUAAUGCAACCAAGACAUCUACAGAUGGGACAGAAAACAAGGAGGAGUUUUACAUUUAAUGCAAAAUUACAGA